GUUUAGCGCUCAAAACGGUGCCAACCAGCUCAAAUCGAUCUCGCUAGAAUCUCCCAAGAUCGAUCUUGGCGGAGGAUAAAAACAGCAGCAUAUCACCUCUCAUCCGAAAAUCCAUCCCCUUGACUCUGAAGUCAAAGUUUAUCUGUUGAAGAAGACGCUGAAAUCAUGUCUGCAAAUCAAUUCAAGACAAUUGUCGCUACAGGCGUCAGCUCGGGUCUGGGGUUCGAGGCGAUCAAGCAACUCUUAUCCUCGACGGCGCAACCAUAUCGCGUCAUCCUUGGAGCGCGCAACCCCUCUGCCGCCAAGGAGGCCUUUGACGCGCUCAAGUACGACACGGCGACGCACCGUUUGGACGUCCUCCCGCUGCAGCUGAACGAUCUCGGCACAGUCCGCAGCUUCGCCAAAGACACGCUGGUCGGGCUCGGUUCGGAACCGAUCAACUAUCUCUUCCUCAACGCCGCCGUCGCGUACGCUGCCGAGCGCAAGGCGCCCACGGGAAGCGGCAAGUGGUGCGAGAGCUAUGUCGUCAACCACCUGAGCCAGCACUACUUGAUGCAUCUGCUCCGGGAGAAGGUGGUCGAGUCGAAGACGAGGGUAGUUGUUGUGUCGUCGGGAGCGUUUGAGCAGGUAUCCGACCCGAGCAUGCUCGAAACCAUCCUCAAGGCCGGAUCCGACGCCGAGGCCAUGAAGACAUACCCAGCUACCAAGUUCUCCCAGCUGCUCAACGCGCACUGGUGGAGCCGUCAGCUUCGCCCUCGGGGUUGCAGCUUGGUUGCCGUAUCGCCGGGCUUCAUCCCGUCGACGGGUCUGUCGCGCGAGACGGACUUUGCGGACAAGUUUAAAAACAUCCCCGGCGGCAAGUCCGUCCAAGAGGGCGCGGCCAGUCUUUUGGCUGCGUUCACGAGGAACGAUCUCCCCGAAGACCAAGACUUGAUCUUCCUUACCAGCUGGGGUGAGUGGUGGGGUCGUGACAAGUUGGAGAAGACGUUGGAUAAGGGUCUGCAGGAUAAGUGGAGCCCUGGGCGGGAAGAGAUUGAGGUGGAGGAGGGGCUUUUGUGACUGCGCGCUACCAGCUGAAGUGGCUGAACCGUAGAAAAUUGGGAAGGUUUAGCGAACAAUCAUAUGAUUCAUUUUAGCUGUCAAUGGUGUUUACAAAAAGAAUAUUCGCAUCAAGCAUUUAAUAAACG